UUCUCUCGGCUUUCGACUCCCCGAUUUCCUCUAAAAAAAUAUUUCGUUUUGAAAAUGCUUGGUUGGACUAUGAGGGGUGCCAUAGUAAUGUUAUCAGUGCCUGGAAUGCUAUUUCUUCUUCCUCUCCCUUGCACUCCUUCUCGCAUUUCAUUUCUUGUACUAAGCGGAAUCUUUGCAGGUGGAAGAGCUCUAGGCCCUGUCAUUUUGAUAAAGAAAUCCAAAAUAUUGAAAGGGAGAUCUCUUCUUUGGACCAGAACGUCACCUCCUGGAUGAUUCUUGGAGGAAUACUUGGCUUAGGGCUCUCAAAAACCGCCACGCUGCCCUCCUCAGGCAAAAAACAAUCUUCUAGGGUCAACGUGCAAGGAAUCGGUGGCUUGCUGGUGGCGAUACAAAUUCUGGAUUUUUUCAAAGAUCGGUCAAGAUUAGGAACCAUAAAAACAGAAUUAACAGCAUCAAAGACACCUCAGCUGGAUGUUCACGGCCCAUCUCGUUGGGCUUGGUCAUCCCCAAAUCACAUGGCUUCCAUCUCCUCCACGGUUUAUGAGCAUAUUUCCAACUCUGUGGAUUCUGGUGCUCAGUGGAGUGGAUGGAAUCAGAUCUGGAAGCUCUCUGUCAUCCCAAGAGUGAAAACUUUCAUCUGGAAAUUGGCUCAUGGCAAACUUUCCACGGGUGCCUAUCUUUACAGCCUGAACAUUGGACCCUAUGUAAAUUGCUACUUCUGUGAUCUGGAAGAGGACUCCAUUGAUCAUACUAUUUGGAAGUGCUCCAAAGUUAAACAUAUCUGGGAUUCUAUACUUGCUUCGAUGAAUAUCUGCCCUCCGGAUCUCCUUUUUCUGAGUUCGGGUAGAUGGUUAACUCACUGGAAUCAUAAAAGAAUGGAAAAUAUUAAGAACAAGGCCCUCAUUACCUCUGCUGCUUGGCUCAUUUGGAAGGAAAGAUGCAACUUCAUCUUUUAGAAGCUCACGCCAAAUCUGGGAAGCAUCCUCUUAAGAGCAAACGCCUACUGUGAGGACUUCUUUGCGGCGUCCGGCAAGAUUCACAGGGAGUUACUGAGACCUAAUUCUAUUUCAAAUUCUAUUUUCAUCUAUACUGACGCCUCUUGGAAAAACAAAACACUCUUGGCUGGCCUGGGCUUUAUUGUCAUUAAUAAUCUGGGAAAAAUUUUAUUGGCAGGAGCUCUGGGUGUCCGCCAUGACUCUCCGAUAAAUGCUGAACUUGAUGCAAUCUAUCAUGCUCUAUCCAUCUGCGGUGAUAGAGGCUGGAAUCCAAACAGAAUCU